AAUAUAGUUAUUGAUUGAUGUUUCGUUUGACAGGCCGUGAGUGAGAGAAAAACAUUUUUCAUUUGUGAAAAAACAUUAGUUUAAUUCAGUGAAAUUGUGUACGUUUGGUAAAAAAAUCUGUGGGAAUUGCUGUAAAGCAAUCCAGAAAAAUGAGUGAGCUCAGACACCGCCGCGGAGAAGGAGACGGAAACGACAAAGCUGAGACUGCCGGGGAAUCUGACCAUGUUGACUCUGAAGAAGAGAAGCCAUUAGAGGACAAAUAUGUUGAGGACAUGGCUAAGAACCUGCCCCAGGGAACUGAUAAAACUCCAGAGAUGUUGGACUCGGCGCUCUCAGGACUAUCUUCCAGAUGGAGGAACUGGGUAAUUCGAGGCAUUUUCACCUGGCUGAUGAUUGGGGCCUUCUGUUUGCUGAUCUACGGAGGUCCAUUGGCACUUAUGAUCACGGUUCUAUGUGUGCAAGUGAAAUGUUUUGAGGAGAUCAUCAACAUUGGGUAUGCGGUGUACCGAGUGCACGGGCUGCCGUGGUUCCGGUCCCUCUCCUGGUACUUCUUGCUGACGUCCAACUACUUCUUCUAUGGGGAAAACCUGAUUGACUACUUUGGAGUUGUUAUCAACAGAACUGACUACCUCAAGUUCCUGGUCACCUACCAUCGCUUCAUCUCUUUCUGUCUCUACUGCGUCGGCUUCGUCUGGUUCGUGCUAUCUCUAGUCAAGAGAUACUACAUGCGACAAUUCUCCCUGUUCGCGUGGACUCAUGUGGCCCUCCUUAUAGUGGUGACACAGAGCUACCUCAUCAUACAAAACAUCUUUGAGGGUCUCAUCUGGUUCAUAGUGCCGGUCUCCAUGAUCAUCUGCAACGACGUGAUGGCGUACGUGUUCGGCUUCUUCUUCGGCAAGACUCCCUUGAUCAAGCUCAGCCCCAAGAAGACGUGGGAGGGCUUCGUCGGCGGCGGGUUCGCUACCGUCGUGUUUGGCAUGUUUAUAGCGUACUUCAUGUCGCAGUACCCGUACUUCGUGUGCCCCAUCGAGUACUCGGAGUCGGUGGGGCGCAUGGCCAUGGACUGCGAGCCGUCGCUGCUGUUCCGCCUGCAGGAGUACACGCCGCCGCUGUGCCUGCAGCCGCUCAUGAAGAUUAUCGGCAUGGAGAAGUUCAACAUGUACCCGUUCAUGAUCCACUCGCUGUCGCUGAGCGUGUUCAGCUCCGUCAUCGGGCCCUUCGGAGGGUUCUUCGCUUCCGGCUUCAAACGCGCUUUCAAGAUUAAGGACUUCGGCGACGUGAUCCCGGGCCACGGCGGCAUCAUGGACCGCUUCGACUGCCAGUUCCUGAUGGCCACCUUCGUCAACGUGUACAUCACCAGCUUCAUCCGCACCGCCACGCCGCAGAAACUGCUGCAGCAGGUAUACAAUCUGAAGCCGGAACAGCAGUUGCAGCUGUUCUACGCGCUGAAGGAAUCUCUCGAGAACCGCAAUAUCCUCAACUUGUUACCUUAAACGCCAUCUAGCGGGCGGCCCUGUAACUACACUUGAAGAUACCGACCUCCCAACAGUUAACGGUAUAAAUGUUAAAACCCAUGAGAUAUAGAAACAAAGUGGAAAUAGCGGCAGCUACGUGAGUGUGAGUAGAUACGAGAAUAGCUAUAGCACAGCUAUGUCAGCUGUGAUAAGAGCGGGAUAGCAAGAAAGUCGUCGUUUUCGUAUUGUUUCUUUAUCCACAUGGUAAAUAACAAAUUUAAAGAUGAUACGGCAUACCCGUGCAUAAUUAAAACUGAAUAUAUUGUAUUGAUCCUCCAUUUAAACACCUGUUAUGUCAUCAAAGAGCUAUAAUGAUAUCUUUAGGAGUAGAUGCAGGACUAUAAAAGGAAACAUAAUAUACAUUGAGGACAGAUUUUUCAUCAUUACGAACAUCUAUGAAAGGGGAUGAAAAAUUAUAUGUAGGAAGGGUAGACAUUCAUUGCCCAAAUUCAUUUAUAGCUAAAUAAUAAGCUAUGUUAUACUUGCAUUUUUUCGUAAAUGAAAAUGUAAUUACUUUUAAAUGUGUACCGUGGAAUAUAAAUAUAAAACUUGUCUAAAACGUAAAAAAAACUAUCUCUAGUGAGAGUGGAAACGUAUCCUUGCGAUGUUAGAGAACGUUUUCGAUAAUAACAAAAGGACAUAUCCCACGGCGCGCCUCAAUGCAAUUCAAACAGAAAAGUUCUAGUCUUCAAAAUAUAUAACCUUAGACGUAAUUAAAAUUGAAACCAGACUAUAUUAUGACGACCUGAUCCAACGUGCAUAGUCGACUAUUAAAAUUACGCGAUUUCGUUGUCGUCUAAUCCACGAAUAACCGUACCUUUGAUUAAUAUGUAAGUAAGUUAGGUUUAAAUAGAAAAUUAUACUAUUGAAUAUUUAAACGCUAAGUACAGUGAAGUCUGAGCUUAGGCUUGGCAGCGAUUGGCUAAGCUUCCGUUAAUAGCCAAUCAGAAAGAGCUGCUUUUUUCUUGUAGUUAAAUCGAGUGAUAAGCUCAGAAUUUACUUGCCUGUAUUAGUUAUCAGUAAUAAUAAUAUUAUUAUUCUCAUUAUAGUCGCUCCUAUAAAUGGUAUUCCUUUACGAAUAUUGCUACAGAUGUUAUACAUAUUAAAU